AUGAAUCUUGCAGCAUUGCACUUUGUGGUCCUCCUGGUUAGGGACUACGAUAAGAUUAAGGCGAGAAAGCCUUCUUGGAAGUCUGGGUCAUCAUUUGCAAUUAAAAGGAAGCCCGUUAAAAGUCUACCCAAAAUCGAAAUAGAUGAUGAUGUGGAUCUGAUUGAUGAGGAUAGCCUCUUGACUGAAGAGGAUUUGAAGAAACCGCAGUUGCCACCUGGUAAGACAUUGUUGGUGAUUGUGAACUUGGAAGUACAAGGAAAGCCUGCAAAAAUUGCAUUUGUGGAAGGGCUGAGGCAGAGGAAAAACUUGUUUGUCUGGAGCACAGGAAAAUGUUCUAAACUGGGAGCAUGGCACGAUGAUUCAAUCACCAUUCAAGCUUCACCUGCGUAUUUCUUUAAUUGUGGAUUAGGUGAUGCUUUUCGGUGCAGUACAUGCCCUUACAGGGGUCUUCCUCCCUUCAAACUUGGUGAGAAGGUAUGUUAA